UCAGAAGAAUUCUCAUCACAUUUCAAUUUCAAUUUCAAUAUGGCUUUGCAGUUUCAGUCCACCACCUUCUUCCUCCCGCAAUGCCGGAGGACUACUCCGUCCCACAACGCCAACCACCUUCUCUUCGCACCAGCUGUUUGCGGAGGCCGCCGGAGAUCGAUCGGCAUGGUCUACUCCACCUAUAGCAAUGGAAAUAGCAAAAGAAGCGGCGGCGAUGCCAAGAAGGGAGUGCCCAGUUCUAACUAUGUGGUGCCUCUUGACAAGACUUUCUCGCCUUCCAACUCAUCCUACAUCACUCGCCCUCUGGUUGAGAUCCUCCGUGACCUUAACAAGCGGAUCCCUGAUAACAUCAUCACCACUCCUCGAUCUUCUUCUUCCACCUUCAUUCCCUGGUAUCAUGCCAAUCGCAUGUUGAGCUUCUAUGCUCCUGGAUGGUGUGGAGAAGUACGUGAUGUUAUUUUCUCUGACAAUGGAAGCGUCACUGUUGUGUUUCGUCUCACCGUAAGAGGGUCUGAUGGAGAGGCACACCGUGAGGCAACUGGAACAGUGUCAUCCAGUGACAGUGAUAUUGUGGAUCCUGUUGCUGCAGCAGAAGAAAUAGCUUUCUGCAAGGCAUGUGCACGAUUUGGUCUCGGUUUGUAUUUGUAUCAUGAAGAAUAAAUAUAGAAGAGAACAAGAGGGUUGACCUCCAAAUAUGUCAAGCUGUUUGUUUACGUUGUUAAGAAUCUGGACCGUACUUAAAGUUCUGCCGACCUAGUUGCUGUAAAUUGCCAGGAUUAUCAGAGUAUCCAGGUGGUAUGUAGAAGAACUAAUGUAUCAAAUAGUUUAUAUAUAGAACUAAAUUUCUUAUUUGCCUUUUUGUUAAACUAGUUUUGAUGUGCUUAUAGAAAACCAGACUUAUUCUAAGAUUGUCGAAGCAAAACAGCAUACUUUGCAGCCAAUUAAUAUUGUUAGGUAUGGUUGGGAAUAAUAGUUAUUCCAUCUUCAUAGUCAGGGGUCAUAUUUAGGGGUGGGUACUGCUAUGCCAUACAACGGCAAUGGUAUUGCUCUUCUCCCUUACGGUAUUCCUCAGGGCUCCAAGCUUCGAGACAAUUCAUUUGUGUUUUUCAUAAGAAAGUUGAAGCAUGGUGGUAGACCAAUUGCCUUCAUGUAGAACGUAAAGAUGUUAUGUGUUGCUGAUAGCUGUUCGAUGGGAUUUAAGUCAGCGCAAGAUAGUAAAAGGUUUUGGAUCAA